AACUCGAGUAGCAUCCUAUUGCGGCCACGCUGGAUCCCCUCGACUUCCUGCUCCACGUAAAGAAAUUCUAUGGCCGAUCCAAGCUUGUUGAACGGAAAUUCUAACUCUAGAUUGAAGCAACAUUUUCUCGCAUCAGGUCCGUCGUGUCAGACAGAGGAGCAACCACGUCACUCAACGUUUUCAGACCGCGUCUGCAGCACCUUUAGUCAGAGGGAUCGUAUUAACCAUAUCUGCACAGUCCUGAACACUCCAAACGGCAUUACGGCAAGCGGAAAUCGAGGGUGUGAGGGGAGCUCGUGGUCUCCGCCAGCGCCUUUUCUAUUUGGCCAGCUACUACACCAGCGUUCGAGCGACCACGUGAUGGACCCAGUAGACAAUCGUCACAAUGACUGGCGACGGGACUUUGACGGUUCGCAUCUUCACGUUCCCUCUUCCCGCUGAUGAAUCUCCCUCGCCGCGUUCGGGCCUCAAGCGAGGGCGAGAGCACCCCGACGACGACGACGAUGACGACGACGGCGACGGCGACGACGAGGUCCAAGGGCGGGAGCGGCCGUCGCGGUCGUCGCCCUCUCCUUCCAUUGCGGGUGGCGGGGGGCUGAGCACGGCGCAGUUGGCAGGUCAGGGAAGCGGCAGCGCCAAGAGCAGCGACGGCCCGUCGCGCAAUUUGUCAGGACGACUUGGCGAGUCGGUUGACGCGGCAAGGCCGGCCGAUAUCCGGCGGGUAACCAGUGGCGGUCGUCUCGCUCCGUCUCCCGUGCCACGGCCUCGUGGCGACCUCGACCUCCAGGGGCUGUCCCCCGACUCGCGCUUCCCGCAGCCCACCAAGCACGCGCACACCACGCAGUCGCCGCCGCCACUAACCCCCGUUCCCCCGGCUCUCCCGCGCCCCGUGGGCCCGCAAAUCACGCAGCGCGACCGCGUCCACAUGAGCUUCGCCCGCGGCCCGCAAACCUUUCAAACCCCGCCGCCUUUGGUCCUCGGCGGCUCGACAGGCCAUGCCAAGUUCAGUAGGAGAAGGUUGGACUCGACGCGCAGAAGAUGAGUCGGUACCAUCUGUCAGGCCCACUUUACACAGUGUUCGUACUAGGUUUGCUGCAGGUGGUGGUGGAAGCCAAAGCACCAAUAUGGAAGACCAAAACCAAAGCAAGGUUGGGAUUGACUUGAACCUUACCUUGUAAGGGAAGUAAGUACGGAGGAGUGCUAGCUAGAUUAAGGGGAGAGAAAGACAGUGCCUUAGUGCAAAUUAGGGAGAAAGUUGUUGGGCUGAGAAUACCGUAUUCCCCUGUACG